UUGGUGGCAGAGCGGAGCGCGAGGAGCACGUUCCCGGACCUGGAGGGCUUCCGCGUGGCGGCGCUGAGGGGGUUCCGCCGGGUGUUCGCCCACGCUGCCCCCAUCUUCUUCGAGCGCGGCAUCGCCGUCGAGGCCACCAAGGAAUUCUCAAGCCUAAGCGUGGAGCCAUGCGAGGGGGAACUGAUAGUAGUCACUGUAUUCGAAAUCAAGGAGGAGGAGGUGCCAGCGUUUAUCGAGAGGGAACAUGAAUUUAGAUUUCUUGCGGUUGUUCCUGAAGGAUUGGAUGGAGUGCCGUUUACAAAUCAAGCAGUUGUCUGUGCACGCUACAGCGAUGAAGAAUAUUUCAAAGAGAGAUGCCAAGGGAGCAAGGAAAUAUAUAACCAGCGCUACGGACGGUUCAACAUUGACAAAAUAUGGAGAGAUGAUAUUUUACCAUGUCGCUUGUAUGUUAGACAUUGUGUUCUUGCUGUGAAAAAUCUUGGUGAACCAGCAUACAGCAACUUCUUAGACCACACCUAUCUUGGCGACCGGAAAACCACCAUAAGGGAAUACUUGGACACUACUGGAGCCGGCAUCAUGGAAGAGGAGCCUCCUGAAUCGCUAAAAAGCCGCUACGGUGGCUGAUUCAACGGACUCUCAUAGCUACCACAGAUUGGACUUCCAUGCGCUUGUAUCAUGUCAAAUAGUUGGUGAAUUGGUGUGUUCCAGGACGUGCGAAAUAAUGCGUGGUGCUCAAUUCCACAAGAUGUAGUACUCCGAUUUGUUGGGCGGAUGGCGCCAAAUAUGUGAUUUGCGACCAAUUUGUGACUGAUGUGCACCUAUAAUUGCGACUAUUUGCCAUCAUAACAGAGAUUUCAGAGCCAUACACUGGAAAUGAGGACAAAAUGCAUCUUUCUCU